AGGCUGCCCUGGCAGAACUGAAGGCCUAUGAACAGAUGGCUCUGCUUGCAGCCGCUUUUGCUUUUGCUCACAGCAAGUGGAAUGGAGAAGCAGGGCCAGAGCGAGUCGUGUUCAAGGCAAGGGAACAUCUCACAGCAGGCUCUGCCGAAGACAAUGACUGGUCUCUUUUUAUGUUCAACGGUGAGAAAGUACAAAACCUCAAGCUCGCUGAGACCAGUGAUGCUUUUUCAGAAGAGCUGGAAGAAGAGUCUGAAUUCCACUCCACACUCUACCAUAUGCUCAAGGCUUCUGCCAGCAGUGAAGCCAUGGAUAAGGUGGAAAGAACUGCCUUCCGGUUUAUUGAUUCAGUGUAUCAGCUGCUCCUUGCUACCAGAGUUUUAGCAUACUCUAAAUACUGCAUGCUUUCUUUUACAACUUUAUUAUCAAAAGCUUUCAGUAAAGUUACAUUUCAAGUCUUAAAUCCUUUUAUAUUCAAAACAUUGAAACAGGUUCUGGAAUGCAAACAUAUUAUCUUUGUUCGAGCAAAAUAA